AUGUCUCUACUACCUUUUGUGCUUGGAACCACCCCUCAUCGUCUGGCUGACCAGGAGUUUGGCUUAGGCCUCACUCCUGAUGAUCUGCUAACAGCUGUGGUAGCCCCAAUGAUGGCUAGAGAAUACUACAGGCCUUGGAGACACAUGUCUGCUGGAAGAGACAUUGGAUCCACCAUCGUGUCCAACAAAGACAAGUUCCAAAUCAACUUGGAUGUACAGCAUUUCGCUCCUGAAGAGAUCAGUGUGAAGACAGCUGAUGGUUACGUGAUUAUUGAGGGUAAACAUGAAGAGAAGAAAGAUGAACAUGGCUUCAUAUCCCGUCAAUUUACCCGUCGCUAUAACUUGCCAGAAAAUUGUGAUCCUGCUACUGUUGAAUCCAAGCUUUCGUCUGAUGGUGUGCUGACGGUUAUUGCUCCUAAAGUGCCUCCAACUUUGAAGAAUGAAAGGUCUGUUCCUAUUUCUCAGACUGGACCUGUUAGGAAGGAGAUCAAGGAUGCUACGACUCAGCCAGCAGGUCAGGCCGACGCCAACGGAACAGCUAAGUGA